UUGCAUGUAAAAUGACAUCUUUCAAAUGUAUGUAUAAAUAAUAGCAUGUUAGAAUUUUUCGUCAUCGUUCAUUGGUAAUAUGCGAUUUUGAGAUUAGUGAAACGUUUUGUAUUAGAUCCAUUUCACAUUUGUAGUUUGUUGUGAAAUAGAUAGUUGUUAUGGAAGUAGAAUCAGAGUGUUGUGAUUCAACAGAGCAAAUGAAUAAGUCUGGUUCUACAGUAGGGAGUAGGGCCUCUCGUUCAUCAUCUGCUGAAUCAAAUCAAUCUGCUAGUAGUUAUGUGCGAUCCCGAUCAAACAGCCCACAAUUGAAUGGAACUGGAAGCACAUUAGACUCUUCUCGAAGAUCACGGUCUAGAAGUGAUUCUAGGCCUCAAAGUGCGGCUAGUUCUAAAUCUUCUAGUCCUGGCAGUAGAACCAGUUCAAGAUCUAGAUCACGUAGUUCACAAAGAUCAAGGGGAAGCAGUAAAGCCCACUCUAGAUCACCAUCAGGUGAUAGAAAAUCAAAAUCACCAGUUGCAUCUGAAAGAGCAGCUUCAAAAGAAUCACAUAAAUCCAGAUCCAACUCUCCUAAAGAGAAUCCUAGAAAAGAAUCCAAAACUCGUUCCAGAUCUAAUUCAGGAUCAAGAAGAUCCAGAUCAAGAUCAAGAUCUAAUUCUGGAUCUAGAAAAUCUAGAUCAGGUUCUAGAAAACUAGAAUCUAGGUCACGAUCUGGUUCAGUUGAAUUAGAAAAUGAAGGAAAUAAACGGAAAUCAAGGUCACGUUCUAGAACCCCAAAAGAUACAUCUGGGUCUGCCAAAGUAGCCUCAAGAUCUAGAUCACGUUCUGGAUCUGCCAAAGUAGCUUCAAGAUCUAGAUCAGGUUCAGGAUCAAGGAAGUCUAGGUCUCGUUCAGGUUCCAGAAAGUCAAGAUCACGUUCUGGGUCAGUUAAAGCUGCCUCUAGAUCUAGAUCACGUUCGGGCUCUAGAAAAUCUAGAUCCCAUUCAGGUUCCAGAAGAACGAGAUCGCGUUCUGGGUCAGCCCGAGCUGCAUCUAGAUCUAGAUCACGUUCGGGUUCUAGAAAAUCUAGGUCUCAUUCAGGUUCGAGACGGUCGAGAUCACAUUCUGGAUCAGCCAAAGCUGCAUCAAGAUCCAGAUCGCGUUCAGGUUCAAGGAAAUCCAGAUCACGAUCAGGCUCAGUACGUUCAAGAUCUGGAUCAAGAAAUACACGCUCCAGAUCAGGAUCUAGACGUUCAAGAUCUGGAUCUGCAAAAUCACGAUCAAGGUCGGGCUCUAGGAGGUCUAGGUCAGGUUCUCAAAGAUCUCGUUCUGGAUCAGCUAGAUCUAGAUCUGGAUCAAAACGAUCACAUUCAGGAUCAGCUAGAUCAAGAUCGGGCUCUGCUCGAUCAUCUCGUUCUCGACGAUCAAGAUCCCGUUCUGGAUCCAGAAGAUCUCGUUCUGGUUCUAGAUCAAGAUCAGGUUCACGAAGAUCGAGAUCGGGUUCAAGAAGAUCAAGAUCAGGCUCAAGAAGAUCAAGAUCAGGUUCCAGAAGAUCAAGAUCAGGCUCUAGAAGAUCUCGAUCUGGUUCUAGGAAAUCCAGAUCAGGAUCAAGAAGGUCAAGGUCUGGUUCUGCAAAAUCAAGGUCUGUUUCUCGCUCUAAAUCUAGAUCCCGCUCAAGAUCAGGCUCACCAGCUAAAUCAAGAUCCAGAUCGAGAUCUAGAUCUCAAUCUCCUAAAAAUGAAGGUAAAUCCAGUAGAAAACGUCCUGUUAUGUCUGAUUCAGAAGAUGAAGGACUUUCUCCUGCUAAGACUAAACGUUUAUUGCUUAGUGAUGAUGAGGAGGAACCUGAACCAGCACAAACACAACCAGAAGAAGGAACUGAAGGACAACCGCCUCCUCGAAUUGAAGAUUCAGAUUCAGAUGAUGGAAUCAAUCCAGGGCAUAAUGAAAUGUCAGGUUUAUCAGAUUUUGAUGCUAUGCUAGCAAGGAAAAAAGAAGAGGGUUCAAAGAGACGCAGAAAAAAAGAUAUCAAUAUAAUAAAUGAUAAUGAUGAUAUAAUUGCUGGUCUUUUAGGAGAUAUGAGGCAGGCGGCAGAGGAAGAUCGGCGACUGAAUCAAAUGUCCAAACCAGCCACAAAGAAAACAUCAAUGUUAACCAAGGUUAUGUCACAAUUAAAGAAACACGAUUUACAAUUAGCCUUUAUAGAACAUAAUGUAUUGAAUGUUUUAACAGAUUGGUUAGCUCCUAUGCCAGAUAGAUCAUUACCAUCAUUACAACUUAGAGAAGCCAUAUUGAAACUUUUAGCAGAUUUUCCAAGAGUCGAUCAGGGCACUGUAAAACAUUCAGGUAUAGGAAAGGCUGUGAUGUAUUUGUAUAAACACCCAAAAGAGACUAAAGAAAAUCGUGAGAGAGCAGGAAGACUGAUCAGCGAAUGGGCCAGACCCAUCUUUAAUUUAUCGACAGAUUUCAAAGCUUUAAGUAGAGAAGAACGAUUACAAAGAGAUUAUGAACAAUUUGGAAGCAAAAGAAGAAAAACUGAUGAAGAAACUGCUCAAGAAAAGAAAGAAUUAACUAAAGCUUUAAAUGCAGAAGGAAAGCCACUUAGACCUGGAGAAAAAGGUUGGGUUGCUAGAGCUAGAGUUCCGGUUCCAUCUAAUAAAGAUUAUUUGGUUAGACCGAAAUGGCAAUCAGAAGUGGACAUAAGUCGAAGUACGAGAAAAACUAUGAAUAGAUUUGAAAAACAUUAUAAAAAUUUUAUCGAUACGAAGAGAUUGAAACAGACUAGGAGAGCCGUUGAAAUUUCAAUAGAAGGAAGAAAAAUGUCACUGUAGAUUUUAUAAUAUGUAAAUUGUUAAAGCUAGUACUUCUCAACAAAUUUUAGGUUAUCUUUUUAAUUAGAAAAACUGUAUUUCCCAAAACUGAUUACAUUCAUUGAGUUUUCUAAUCCAUAUUGAAUUGCAGUAUUUAUCAAAACACUUCGAUUUUUGUUUUAGGUAAGAACUUUUUACAUGGUAAACUGGUUUUCACAUGCUCAUCCUCGUAGCCCCCAAUUUCUAAAUCUUUAUUGCAAAGAUGUCAUAUUAUUUGAAACAUUUUUGCAUUAUCUGUUUUAUCAUUUGGAUUUUUUUUUGAAAAUUGGUUGAGAUUUAAUUAAAAUUAUCGGUCAAAAACUACUUAUCAAAUAAUUUUUGAUAUUUAAUUUAUUGUGUAAGUCAAAAAAGCAUUCAAAAUACCUGUAAAAAUUAGGAGGAGUAACUGAAAUUGUCAUUUAAUUCAGUGUUUUUUCUUAACAAUAAAAAGCCUCGAUAAAAUCCACCAAAAUUACUAGAUCUAUGUGACCAUUCUCUUUUCAAUUCUCUUAACUGAGAUGUACAUACCUACCUGCAUAAACAAUGACUAGUAUUUUGUGAACAGGGUGGAUUUUGACUUGCAUUUUAUAGAAUUAACAAAACGAAUACACUUAUGUGUGAUUAACGAAAGGAGAAUCAUGUAUAACAAUGUGAAGGUUACUUUACUGCUAAGAAGUUUUCAUACAGAAAUCGAGUUCUCCUGGUGAAUAAUGUGAUGUAUUCGGAUUUUUGAGUCAUAAAAGUGGUGGUAAGUUUCAAAAUGAACACAGCAUGUAUAAAUAUAAGAUCUUUUUAUAUGUUUUUCGUGAUAAUUUGUUUUGACCUAAAACCAUGACAAGUCAUCAUGAAAAAAAUAUCGCUAGUUACAUUUACAAAAAUCUGGACUACUUGUAUAAUGUAAAAAGAUCAUAAUUUAGUUAAUUUAUUCGUUUGAGAUUAAUGUAAUCCAUUCAAACAAUUAUAAAAUUGUGUUUUAAAAAUAAAAUUUUGAAUGUAAAAGUUGUAAUUGACGCAGUCAGUAGGAUUCGUACGCUAUAUCGCGAUAAAAAACUCGACCUGUAUCUUAAUACAUAGUGCGAAGACCUACGAUUUACGAGGGACAAGAAAUAGGUCUCAGCCUUCAAUAUCUGUAAGUGCUAAGUUCAUUAUUUUCUUGUAUUUUUGUUAACUCUAUUACUGGAGUAAGGAAGAGAUAAUUUAUUAAAUACAUUUAAUAAUUUAAAUAUUAGAGAAAAUAACAAUUCAAAGACAUUUAUUAACAAAAUAGCUACGGCAAAUCUGAAAACUCUUAAUUGGGAUUUGUUUAAAUUGAAAUUAGAAAGUAUUAAGUGACAGUAAUGCUUUAAAUAAAUUUAUCAAUAGAUGUAAAACUAAUUGAAACUUAUGCAAUCUGCAAUGGUCAUUGUAGGGAAUAGGAUGGAAUUGAAUACAUUGCCCAAAAUAGAAGAAGCAUUAAAACAAUGUUUUGUCCAUAGAUGAGACCUUGAUUGUAUUCUACAAGAAUUUAUAAUUGUUAAAAAGUCAAACAAUAGGAAGAGUAAGAAAUGAUUUUAAUCUAAGUGAAAUAGAUAAAAAAUGUUGAAUAAACCACUGCAUUGAAAACCUGUUCAGGCACAAUAAGAAACAAUACGUAUUUGAAGAAACCUAGUUAUUUAGAAGAUGCAAGGGCAUACGUUGAUGAAUUUGAAAAUUUUGAAAAACUUUAUGAAAUCGAUAAAAUUGCAAUUGAGAUACAAAAGCCAUACGACAAUCCGGCAAAUUAAAGAAAGAAGACAGUAUCUGAAAAAUAACUCCAUUAUUUUUCAUUCUUAGUGAUGGAGGAGUUACAUCUAGAAAAAUCCAGACUACUUUAAAAAUUAAAACUUAAAAAGAUUAUGUUUCAUAAAUACUAAAUCAGCAUUUAUUUCAAUAUAAAUAGGAAUUGUUGUAAAUACUAUUUUAAUUAAUUAUGUUUAAUCAAACAUUUGAGAUUAAUGUAAUCCAUUCAAAUUUUAAAAUGUGUUAAUAAAGUUUUGAAAAUUUUGAGAGUAAAAGUUAUAUAUAUUAUUCCAUUGGUAUGAACUGUAAACUAGUAAUAAUUGAAGUACUGGCUACAUAACGAAAUUGUAAUAGUUGUAUAUAGUUUUGUCAAAUUUGGUUUUAAAACUAAUUGUUCGAAUUUGAAUCAUUUUUUGCUUUAUACCUACUUGUAUUAUACUUUAUUAUAUCAAAUCUGCUGUAUAUUAUAAAGCAGAUAUUGUUUUAUACAACAUGAAUGAAUAAAGGGCAUGUUAAGAA